AAGCUGUGCGCCAGGCGCGGCGCUCGCGGUCCCGCGUUUACGUCAGCCCCGAGGACCAACCGGCGGCUGCUGGAACGGAUGUUGGCUGCCGGUUGCGACCCGGGCCUGGGUCCGUGAGAAGCCCGCGGUCCCGCCAGGCCGGUGUCCCCACCCGCCGCGCUAGUGUGGAGCCGGCUGGUGGUGCGAGUCGAGGCCUAGGCUCGGUGCGAGCUCCCACCCUGCUCCUCCGGGGCUGAGGUUUUCUAUCAGAUGUUCCACUGUAAUAAUGCUGGAGUUAAGAAGUCACCAUUCCUUUGCUGCACAUCAGAGCAGUUUCUCUGCGUACAGGAGUGGAGUAAUGUUUAAAGACAGCUGGCAGAUUAAAGAUGUGAAUGACCUAAGCGCUUUGCUGAAAUAAGAUUGAUUGGACUGCAGCAAGUGCCAGUUUGGGGUGACCCAGAUCUAUUACUGGAACCAUGAAAGUUUUGUUGGUGUUUGACUUCGACAAUACAAUCAUUGAUGACAAUAGUGACACCUGGAUUGUACAGUGUGCUCCAAACAAGAAGCUCCCUAUUGAACUACAAGAUUCUUAUCAAAAGGGGUUUUGGACAGAGUUUAUGGGCAGAGUCUUUAAGUAUUUGAGAGAUGAAGGGGUAAAAGAAGAUGAAAUGAGAAGAGCAGUGACCUCACUGCCUUUCACUUCAGGGAUGGUAGAGCUUUUCAGCUUUCUAAGAAUGAAUAAGGAUAAGUUUGAUUGCAUCAUUAUUUCAGAUUCAAAUUCAGUCUUCAUAGAUUGGGUUUUAGAAGCUGCUGAUUUUCGUGAUGUCUUUGAUAGCGUGUUUACAAAUCCAGCAGCUUUUGAUAACAAUGGUCGUCUCAUAGUGAAACAUUGCCAUGCUCAUUCUUGCAAUAAGUGCCCAAAGAAUCUUUGCAAAAGUGCAGUUUUGGCAGAGUUUGUAGAGAAACAGUUACAACAGGGGGUGAGGUACGCACGGAUUGUUUAUGUAGGCGAUGGUGGAAAUGAUGUCUGUCCAGUAACCUUUUUAAGGAAGAGUGAUGUCGCCAUGCCGCGGAAAGGGUACACUUUACAUAGGACUCUUACCAGAAUGACUCAGAAUCUCGAGCCUAUGGAAUCUUCCAUUAUAGUCUGGUCUUCGGGUGCUGAAAUAAUUUCUCAUUUACAAUUUCUAAUAAAGAAGUAAUGUGCCAACAA